AUGGCAGAGUCACAGCAGGACACUAUCAGGGCCGCAGCCGUGAACCGGAGGCACAGCGUCGACGGGACCUUUAACCUCAGACCUGCAGACUGCUUCCACCCGUACCGCCGGCAGUUCAGCGACGGGGCCGUGGUGGCGGCAGGCCGCCCGCAGCCGUGCUCGCCCUCGUUCGGCAGUCUGCAGGAGGUGUGCAGCUCUGAGGCCCAGUCGCACGGGGACGGCGUUCCGCUGCCCUGGGAGCAGUACAGAGGCAGCUUUCAGAGUUCGUACUCAGAGCUUCCAGCAGCAGCAGCAGAGCCUUCAUGCUUCCUGUCUCAGAGUUAUUCAUCCUACAGCUUUUCAUACCCUCUGCAGCAGGUCUCGUCCAGACUCUACCCUCUAAAUGGCUCCAACAGCUCAAAAUAUCCCCUGCAAAGUAUGUCCAGCCCCCCACAUCAGGAGGGCACCGCUCCGCCCAACUUCCCCAAGCCCAUCUACUCCUACAGCAUCUUGAUAUUCAUGGCUUUGAAGAACAGUAAAACAGGAAGUCUUCCCGUCAGUGAGAUCUACAGCUUCAUGACUGAACACUUCCCUUAUUUCAAGACGGCUCCCGAUGGAUGGAAGAACUCUGUGCGACACAAUCUGUCCCUGAAUAAGUGCUUUGAGAAAGUGGAGAACAAAAGCGGCAGCUCCUCUCGUAAAGGCUGCCUGUGGGCCCUCAACCCCGCCAAGGUGGAGAAGAUGCAGGAGGAGCUGCACAAGUGGCGUCGCAAAGACCCCGUCACCAUGCGCAGGAGCAUGGCCAGGCCAGAGGACCUCGAUCGUCUGCUGGGAGAGAGAAGAGACAAGCUCAAGCCGUUGCCGCCGUACCCCAGUCCAGCUUUGCUGUCCAGAGUGGCCCCUUUCUACAGCGACUCCCUUUCGUCUUGCUCCCCGGCUCACCUCCGACCGGCGAGUUCGCCCAUUCAGCGUUCACAGUACGCGCACGUUCAGCCCCCGCAGCCCUGCUACUUGCCCCCCGCCGCUGCCGCUCACCUCGCCAACUCUUUCUCCACGUACCCGCCGUGUGGGCAGCAGCCCGCCGCCACUGGAAGUCUGAACUCGCCCCUGGCCGGGAAGAUGGCCGCUCCGCAGGGGGACUUCAGCGUCGGCCCCAGGAGCAUGCAGGACUUACUAAUAGAGGGAGACACCAGUUACGACAUUGACACGCUCAACCCCUCAUUGACAGACCUGCAGCUGCAAGGUCACUUGUGGGAGGAGCUGAGGGACGACAGCCUGGACCCGGGCUCGGAACAGAACAUUCCCCCGACCACCACCACGGCCUCGUCCGGGACCUCCGCCCUGCAGGAACACUUCAUCCAGACCCGCUGCCUGCAGGCGGCUCCGCCGGUGAGCCAGGCGUCGGCCGUGACCCCGGCCGUGACCCCGGCCGUGACCCCGGCCGUGACCCCGGCCGUGACCCCGGCCGGCCGCUGUCGAGCCGAGUGCGAGGACAGGGAGUCGGGUAUGGAGCAGCACGGCUGCCUGAGCGGACUGCACCCUGUGGUUUAUUCCGGGGUGGAGAGCCUGGCGGGGUACCUGACCUCCUGCACCACGCCCAUCUCCCUGAUGUAA